UCGUUCCGAUGCUUAUCAAUAAUUAAAUCUCAAUCAGGUUUAUAUCAAUACACGAUAGCGAUUAAAUAAACAAAAAGGAAUAUCUUUGCAAAUCAAUCACGUGCAUGCUUGUGGAUUACAAACAUGGCUAGUCAUUUUACCGAGGAUGAGAUUUCUGAACAUUUUCAUGUGUUUCGAACCUACGACCGGACAAAAGAGGGCCGGAUGCAGAUAUGCGAUGUGCCAGCGGCUAUGAUCGCUCUCGGUCACAAUCCGACAGAGAGAGAACUGCAAAAACUCAUACACGACAUACCAAGAGACGGCAGAGACUACUUUGAGUUUCCGGAGUUUCUGACCCUAAUGGCGCGACAUAUCCAGGCCAUGGAACCAGAAGAGACGCUCCGUACCGCUUUUCGAGUCUUCGACAAGGACGGAAACGGUUAUCUCAGCGCCCAAGAGCUGAAGAUGACGAUGACGCUGUUGGGAGCCCAGAUGAGCCAAUCAGAGAUCGACUACAUGAUCUCCGUUACAGACGUGGAUGGGGACGGGCUGAUUAAUUAUGAUGAAUUCAUAAGAAUUAUGAUGAGCAAAUGAGGGCUGCGUUCAGCGUGCUGCACGUGGCUCCGGACAUUCGGCGUGCGCGUGCAAUGUACACUGGUGGUCCAAAGUGUAUUUCCUCUCGUUUGAUUUGAAACAACUCUGUUCAGGCAUCAUCAAUAUGUGAUUUUUGUAUAUAAAAAAUCAGUAUCGUAAAAGAUUAAACUGACUGAGUCCGUCAUAGUAAACGUCCAACGAAAACUAUGAUACGAUAUAAUUUUUGAAGAAGUGUAGUAGACAAGCACCCACCUCAAGGCCAGCAUUUUUUAAUUUGUUUUACGGGAAAUUUUACAAAAAAUUGAGUCGGGGGAUAAAUAAAAAUAAAAUCAUGAAAAGUGAGCAUUCUACCAAAAAAAACCAAAAAAACUGUCUAAACUGAUUUUUUUUUGAAAAUUUAAAAUUAAGCCAAUUUAACCUUAUGUAAACUUGCAUUAACCUUUAAGUGUUCUAUAUAUCUUAUUACACUGUUGUAGAAGCUUUUUUAUAAUAAUAGUAAACAUAUUUUUAUAUAUAUGUAUAUGUAAAAGCACCUUUCGCAUGUAUUAUACUAUAUUGCUUCAAUAGAGACCAUUAACCACGCCAGGUGUGUAGUGUAUUAUAGUGAUCGUUAA